AUGGAUCCUCAGGCUCAGCUCGCCGUGCUUGCUGCUGGCCUUCCCGAGGACACCUAUCACGCUCUCGAGGCAAUCCUUCGUGAUCUUGACCACCGCGUUACUCACGCUCAGGCCCCAGCCCUUUCUGCCGACGAUAUCCGCAUUGCCCUCGAACACGGUUUUGCAAACACCCAAUUCAAUCUCCCUCCGGCACAUUUUACUCUCCCGCCUGCUCCUCCUCUGCCACCUGUUUCCGUGCGUCCCGGCCAAUUCAAGGUCGACCUCGCACAUUUCCACGGCAAGGAUAGCGACGAUCUUGGUGCUUGGCUGACGUUGAUCGAGGAUUACCUCCGAGGUCAGCACAUUCCCGAGGUGGAUUGGCCGUUACAAGUCCCGAUGCUGUUCCGUGGUGAGGCUCAGCGUUGGUACGUUGCACAGAAGAAGAAGAUCGGGCGCGGCUUUACCUGGGCUGAGUUGCGAAAGGCUCUGACAGACAAGUUCGAUACGCCGUUGCGUGUUGAGACUCUGCGCAAUGAGCUGCGUUCUGUUCCUUGGAAAGGGAACCUUACUCGAUAUGCUGCCGCUUUCCGCGACCUCGAGACUCAGAUUCCUGAGGUUGACAUGACAUUUGGUGACCGCUUGUCGAAUUUUCUCAGCCGUCUUCCAGUCGAGUUUGCGAAGGACAUCCGCCGCGACAAGCCGAAGAAUGUCGAGGAGAUGUAUUUUUCAGCGCGCGAGAUUGAAUGCCUCUCAAACCUUCAUCAUGUCCCUGCGCAGCAUCAGAACAACACAAACGGUUUCCGCAAGAAGACGAAAGGGUUUACUCACCGUCUUUUUUCAUCAUCUUCGUCUUCUCCGUCUGCCGCAUCAUCCUCACCUUCGGCUCCUCCUACGUCUUCGUCACCAUCUACUGGUCCAGUUCCGAUGGACCUUGAUGCGAUGGAACAGCUGCCGCCACUGAAGACGAAGGAUCGGGUUAGCCGUGUACGUUGCUUUAACUGCAAUGGCCUUGGCCAUUAUAGCCGAAAUUGUCGCUUACCUCGGAAACGUCGUCCUCCGCAGGAGUUGAACCUCUUCGAGGGAAGCGAGCCCCCACUGUUCACUGAUUGCUGCGAGGAACCGUUGGAGUUAUCAGUGCUUGAUCUAUCCGAUGAUGCACCUGAACCUCAUUUAUUGCCCACCUAUGCUGUCCAGCUCGCUCCCAGUGUCAAUGCGAAGCCUCUUCAGCUCGCGUCGGCCAUUAUUGAUACUGGUGCCGCCUACUGCUAUAUCAAGCCGUCAGUUGUCAGAAGGGCUAAUCUUACGACGUACCCUAUGACGGCUCAUUCUGUUCGCGGUGCGGGUGCCACUACCACGUCAGCUUGGGCUCAUUUCGCCAUCAAAAUUGGGGGUUGGCAGAAGCCGAUUUGCGCAUUCAUCUUGGACACCGAUACACUGCGCUUCGACAUGGUUAUCGGCCAAGAAUGGCUGCAGAAGUAUAAUGCGCAGCCUGAUUGGGCUACGCGCUCUUGGUUCUUGACGGAUCCGCGUACUUGUCAGGUUGUACGGCUGCAUGCCAUGACUGUACAGCAGCCUCUUCCCCUGCCGCGCGUCGCUGGAGCCGCUGCAUCAAACCGUUGGGCUUCUCUUGUAGCUGCCCCAUUGGAGUUGUACUCGUUAGCUGAAGAACCUGUAACUGAGUCUCCGCAGGAAACCUCUGGCCACAAAUCCCCACUAGCGAAGAUCAAAUCGUUUGGUGCGCGCUUGCAUGCGCGUAUGAAGGCAAAGUUUCCACGGUUAUUUCGUACGAAGCUUGGUGCACCACCGGCAGGUCGAUGUGAACAUGUCAUCGAUGUGACUGGAACACGACCAAUUCGUGCGCAUGGGCGUCCUUUAUCGCCACCGGAGCACGAGGAGGUUCGGAAGUUUGUUGACGAAGGUCUGCAGGAUGGAAUUAUUGAACCGAGCAAGUCUCCGUGGUCCGCGCCAUUGAUUCUCAUUCGGAAGAAGGACGGGAAAAUGCGGGUAUGUGUUGAUUUCCGUCAGCUUAAUAACUUCACUGUACGGAAUGCUUACCCUCUUCCUCGUAUCGAUGAUUCCUAUCAAAAUCUUCGUGGCGCGCAUUUCUUCACGACCCUUGACUUGCGAUCCGGUUACUGGCAGAUCCCACUCAGUGCUGCAUCACGCCCGCUGACCGCGUUUGCUACGCAUUUCGGCCACUAUCAGUUUUGUGUUAUGCCUCUCGGCCUCUGCAAUGCACCUGCGACUUUCCAGAACUUUAUGAACGACCUCCUUCAUUCGCGUCUUGAUCGCUGCGUAAUGGUCUACCUUGAUGACAUCAUCAUCUACUCACCGAACCUUCCGCAGCAUCUCGCUGAUGUCGACUGGGUCCUCACCCGUCUUGAUCACCAGGGUCUGAUCCUACACGAGGACAAAUGUCAGUGGGUUCAAACCGAGUUGACUUAUCUCGGGCACAUUGUUUCUAUUGCCGGUGUCCGUCCGAAUCCAGAGAAAGUCCAGGCCAUCACUGAAUGGCCACGUCCCGAUAACGUUACUCGUCUUCGCGGUUUCCUCAAUCUUACUGGCUACUACCGCCGUUUCAUGAAAGGGUUUGCGAAGAUUGCUGGGCCGAUGUACGAUUUAUUAAAGGGCAAUCCCCGGAAGCGUGCUGAAAUUAAAUGGUCAGCCCCUUGUGAACAGGCUUUUGUCGCUUUGAAAUCGCGACUUACCUCUGCUCCUCUUCUCAGUUACCCGUCACCUUGGCGUCUCUUCGUUCUCGAUGUUGAUGCUUCGGGCCAUGCUAUUGGUGGUAUCCUCCAUCAAUCGCAAAAUGAUUUUCCCAAGGGGGAGGGAGAUUGCUCACGCUUCGCGUUCAUGGAGUCUGAUCUUCGGCCGAUUGCUUUUGAAUCACAUCGUAUGACCCCGACUGAGCAGCGGUACUCCGCGCAGGAGCGCGAAAUGCUUGCGAUUGAUCACUGUUUGCAGAAAUGGCGAAGCUACGUUGAAGGCUCACCUGUUGUUGUGCAUUCCGACCAUGAAUCUUUGAAGUACUUCUUGUCGCAGAAACAUUUGGGUCGCUGUCUUGCCCGUUUCGCCGACAACAUCGCACACUUUGAUGUGCUAAUCCGGUACCGCCCCGGUCGUAAUCAGCUUGCCGCUGAUGCAUUGUCCCAUCGUGAUGGCCAAGCUGAUGUUCCAGACUACGAGGCCUCUGGCCCAUUGUUUGCGAACCCGAUGGAGCCAGCAGUGGACCAUGAUAGGUCAGCACUUUUCGAGACUUUGAAGAAAUGGAGAGAAGACUUACUUCGAGAUGCUAGUGCUGAGCCGAGUCGUCGCGGCUUCCUCGUCCGCGAUGGUGCACUCUUUCACUCUGUUGACCUUGGUCAGGGCGAAGUCUUCUUGCCAGUUCCGGUGAACCUUGACGAGGCCUUGCGGGUCAUUCGGGAGGUACACACCGACCUCGGACAUCUCGGUGUUCGUGCAGUUGCGGAAGCAUUGAAGUCGCGCGUAUGGCUGCCAAUUGUCACUGAGUUAGUCGAAUUCGUUAUCCGUCGCUGCGAUGCUUGCCAGUUCACGCAGCGCGAGGCUCCACCUGCCCAGCCGUUGCACCCACUUCCUCGUACAGAUGCCUUUGAUCAUUGGGCUUUCGACUUUAUAGGUCCCCUCGUGAAAUCGAAAGAAGGAAAUGAGUAUAUUCUUACCGCCAUGGAUCACGGCACCGAUUUUGCCUACGCGACUGCAAUUCCACGCCGUUCUCAUAUUGCUGUCAUCGCAUUGCUGCGCCGCCUUAUCACGACCCAUGGGAAGCCUUCCACCGUCCUCACGGAUAAUGGAGAGGAAUUUCUGUCGUAUCCUUUUCAGAAUUAUCUUCAGCGAUUAGGAAUUCAGCACUUACACACCUCGCCAUACCAUCCGCAGACAAAUGGCCGCCUCGAGAAGUUUAACGAUAUGCUGGUACAGACGUUAGCGCGUUAUACGGCUCCCAACCGACAGGACGAAUGGGAUCAAUACUUACCGGAUGCACUUCUUGCGCAGCGUGCGCACGUCAGUCGGAGCCAUGGCGCGUCACCUUUCUUCCUUGCGUUUGGUCGUCAGCCCCGUCUUCCGCACGAAAUGACUUACGACCUUCUUCGGGCGCCACCGACCGAUGCGGAGAUCGCGACGUUGCAAAACCGUCGUCUCGAGCAUGUUCAGAACCUUGAGAGGUUCCGAACCGAGGCGAACACGCGCGCCUUGCGCCGCUUGCAGGACGAGGCGCGCCGCCGUGAGGGUACUUACCACGAACGCGCGCUCGGGAUUGGCGAUUAUGUCCUUCGACGUUCGGAGAACCCAACGAAACUCCAUCCGCGCUGGGACGGACCCUUCAUCGUUCACGAUGUCACUGACUGGAACGUUUAUCAGCUCCGCACACGAAACGGCUACAUCCUUCGUACCUUGUACAAUGCUGCCCGUUUGAAACGUUAUCACCCGUCGAAUAUGGAUCCCGAGUUAUGGUACUCCUCUGCCGACCUUCAGCGUCGCGACGCCCGAGCGCGAAUGCAACGCCGACUCGACACCAGUCUCGGUCGCGCUGGCACCUCUCGCAAUGCCUAA